AUGUUAACUAAACAUUCCCUUUUUGGAAAUGAAAAUAAAAUGACAAUAACUAGUGGAUUUGAGCUUGAAUCAUUAAAUUCUCAACGUUUCUUUGCUUAUUCUAAAGGAUUUACAUCUAAUCAAAGCGAGGCUGAUCUAUAUUCAUCAUUAACAAACACUGUUUUACGAUAUCAAAUUCGUCUAAAACGUAAAAAUAAUGGUCUUUAUACAGCUACAGUUUCACUUCCACUUUUUUGUAUUUCUGUAAUGUCUUUUAUUUCUAUUUUUGUACAAUCUAUCCAACUUUCACUACUUUGGUUAUUUUUUUGUUUAGCACUUUUACAAUUACAAAACCUUAGAAUGUCAAAACUUCUUCCUCAAGAUUUUAAUUCCGAACCUUUUUGCAGUUAA